AUGAACUUUGUGGCCGGCGGUUUGCUGCUCUUCACGGGGAGUGCCUUGUGUGCCUUUUGGGCGUUUGUCAUCAUGCUGCGAUGCCUGGAUUGCCAACUUCUCUUUGCCUCGGGCGUUCCUCUUCUGGAUGCGCGCGUUUUCCAAUUCAACGCACUUCUCACGCAUCACCUGCCGAAACUGUCUCAGCACCUACUCGCGCACUCCCUCUCUUUUAGUUUUUUUGCACACCAAUGGCUGAUGACUUGCUUCGCGUACCACGUCGACUUGCCCACGGUCGCCUGCGUCUGGGACGCGUUCUUCUUGGACGGGUGGAAGGCGCUCCUCCGCGCGGCGGUCGUGCUGCUCGCGCGGCUCGGGCCCGCGAUUCUGGAGUGCGACAGCAUCGACGAGAUUCUCGCCGUCGUUCGGGCCUUGCUCGAUGGCCUUGCCUCUGCAAACCUCCCCGGCGACGGCGAGAGCCGAGACACCCCCUCUCCCUGCGCCCCGACGAGCUCGGCGGUCGCCUUCUCUCCAUCUUUUUCCUCUUCUUCCUUGGGUCUGUUGUCUUGGAUCUUCGGUGCGCUUCCAGUGAGGAAGGAACUCUCUUCAGAUGAAGAGAGACGAAUGCAAACAAGCGCCCCUGACUGUCCCCGUGUUGCCUCUUUGUCUCUUGAGAAGGACACCCUGGUUGAGCCUCACCCGGGAGACAGAAGAGGUUUGGAGCCCGAACCGAGAGACAGAGUCUCUGCUCCGGCUGCCUCGUCCUGGCCUCCUGCUUCGCAGCCGGUCUCCUUAUCGAGCACGAGAGGAGGCGCACCCGAACAGGCAACUGCCGAGAAGACCGGGCAAGAGGCAGGGCGACGCGAAGCAAACAAGAGACAACGCGACACACGCGCGAGGCCCCAGGCAGAAACCACAAAGUGUCUUGCUCCGACAGCCGUCGCAGGGAACAGCGAAGUGAAGCUGGAGCAAGAGAGAAAGAGAGGAGAGACCGAGCAUGCGACCGCCGCGCGUCUCUUCAUUCGAGCAGUCUCUGCCGCCGUCUCGACCGGCGAAGAUGAACACCUCAGGCGCAUUCAGCCUUUGACGCACGGCGUCCCUCAAGGCCCCGCGGAGUUUUCUGCCUCUCGAGAGGGUCCGUCGUCUUCGUCGUGUUCUCUCUCUACGAGAACCGAUACUAAUUUAGGCUCUCCUCUCGCAGGAUAUUUGCUUCUUCUCGGCGACGAAGGUCCGCACGAGAUGCCUUCUUCCUCAUUUUCUUCGCCUUCUCCAUUGUCUUCCUCUUCUCCCUCCUCUUCGUUCUCUUCUUCCUCCUCUUCGUCCUCUUCUUCCUCCUCUUCUUCCUCCUCUUCUUCCUCCUCUUCUUCCUUCUCUCCGCCUUCUUCUUCCUCUUCCUCUUCCUCUUCUUCCUUCUCGCCGUCUUCUGCCGGCCGAAAGCCUGCACCACCGCGUCCCUUGGAAAGCGAGCGAGAGGCUGCACUAGCCCCCGUCGACGUUUCGCUGCGUCUCUCACCUCAGAGCAGAGGCGCCUCGUCGCGUCUGCUGCGCGAACCAUCCCGUACCGCUCGAGACGCUCCACGAAACCCGCCGGGGCGUCAUCGAGGUUCCGGCGAUGGCGAUGUUCUGUCUCGACGCUCAUCCAGCGACCUUCCACUUGGCGACAGCAGCGCGAUUAGGCGAUGCUUCCUGAAAGAAGGAAUGGCGACCGCAGGCAACCCAAAGAGUGAGGAGACAGUCGAGCCAAGAGACUCCUUUCCUCCCCCUGUCGAGGCGAACUGCCGAUCUCUGCCCUCACGGGCUCGUGGGGGCCUGGAAAGAAGCACGGCAGCCGCGCGAAUUUCCGUCUCCUCGUGUCCCUCUCUGCCUUCGCCGUGUCGCUACUCUCUCGUCAAGGCAGACGCUUCCCUGUUCUCCCCUUAUCCUUUGUGUCCGAUUCUUGCGUGUGCGUCUUCUUCUUUCGAGGGCUCUCAGCCUUCUACCGGCUCGCAGAGCCGCCGGCGACGGGGUCAAGGCCCCCAUGCAGGCCCGCUAGUUGGACUCUACACGUCACCUCCGGUGUAUUUCCACACGACUUUCGCGCAGCCUCAGAGUUCCGCCUCUUUGUCGGCGCGUGGUCGCGAUUUCGGGUCUGUCUCCCUGCCUGGAAGGACCGAUCCGAGCAAGGUGUCUCCGCCGGAGACAGUGCAGAGCACGUCGGGAGGCUCUUUUUUGGCCGGAAAGGCGGAGCCCAGAGCCCAGACGACUCCUCGGCACGUGCCACUGACGGACGAUCUCUCUUCUUCCCCAGACCCUCCUGAGGCACCCAGCGGCGUCUCUCGAGACGACAGCCAGCGAGAAGACAGACACGAGACGCGAAACGACAGUCAAACGAACAGGAUAAAGGACCGGGUUGAUUCCUCAACUGUUCAUGACGAGUGCCGGCAUGUUGCAGCUCUUUCUAUCCCUUCAAACCCUUCUAACCGAGACACAGUUGACCGUCGUCUCUCCGACACAGGCGUUGUUGAGGGCGUUCGCCAGCGCGAGAGCGAAGCAGGUCAAACUUUGGAAGCAGAAAGGGUAUGCCGCGAGCCGUCCGGUUCUUCGAAUGCGUGUUCGCCUUGUUCGUCUUCUCCGGCGCCCCUGUCUCUGCCGUCGGGUUCCUCUCCGCCCGUUUCUCCAUCGGCUUCGAAGGACCCGGCGUUGUUUGUAUGCGUGGACAUGCGCAGCGUAGUCGUUCGUGAGCUGCCCUGGGAAGGCACGUGGUUGCAGCUGGCGCCCGCAGAGCAGUCCGUGCUCUCCUUUGCUCUCCUGGAUCCUCUGAGGCAUCUUCUUCGGAAACGGAAGGUCUCCAUGGGCCGAAGCGAGAAAACAGAAGGCGGCCGGACGGCGCGAGGAGUGUCCCUGGAAGGGAACUGGCGACGACGACAGACAAAGAACACUGGAGACACCGAGAGAACACAAGCAGAGGCAAGGGAAGCAGCGUCUUCGGAAGCGAUGUGUCAGAACGGGGUAUCAAGCGGAGUCACAGGAGCUUUGGUCUCGGAAACAUCCAACCAAAAGACACCCACCUUUUCGUCCUCUCUGUCUGACUCCCUUCGUGGUGCUGGCCAGGCGCCGUCCUCCUCGGAUGCGGGAGCAGGGAGAGAAGAAAAGGCAGGCAACGGCGAGAGAAACUCAGAUGUCUCCAGCGCCUGUGUCGACUCACUCGGGGCGACGCUUCCAACUUCUGUCUUCGCUGCCGGUUCUGACCUUCCGGCAGAUGUCUCAAGCUCUCGCGACACGUCUCAUAUGCGACCGUCUUCAUCGUCCGCUCCUGGUUCUUCUCGAAGACCUGCCAUCCCCGAUGCUUCUUCCUCUUCCUGCCACUCACACGCGUCAGCAACCCGUUCUUUGCCAUCUUUCUCGUCGCCUUACCACGCCGCUGUUCCUUCUUCCUCCUGCGUUGCGAGUUCCUCUUCGUCCUCUCCAUCCUCGUCCUCUCCUGCGUCUUCCUCUCCUUCGUCUUCCUCUCCAUCUUCUUCCGCUUCCUCUUUGGUGGAUUUGUGUCCUGCUUCGCUGUCUUGUGGUGUGCAUGCGGCCGGCGAGGAGGUCGACUGGUCUCUGCUGUACGAGCUAAAAGAGGCGGAGCGAGACGCUUUGGGUCUCGGCGCGUCGUUUGUUGGGGGCUCUGUGCAAGGCCGCUAUUUUCUUUUGUCGAUCGCAGAGAUGGAGAGGACUCGGCGUUGUCUCGUGGAUGUCGAGUCGCAAACCUACACCGAUGUCCAGCACUUUCGGCGGAAGGUCGCGGCAGCCGAGAGGCAGGUCCUGAGACAGCAUCGAACGGAGCGCACGCAGGAGAAGAAGUACAGACGGCUGAUCUACGAGCAGGAGAAAGCGUACAUCGCCAAGCUGUCUGCGAUGCACGACCUCGACACACUGAUCAACGCCGACAGGCGAGAGAGCGACGCCAAGGCCCAGGGAGCAAACGACGCAGAAGGAAGAGAAGAAAGAGAAGAAGAAAGGAAAAAAGGAAGAGAGAAGAAAGAAGAGCGACGCACAUCGGGGGGCGUUGCUGGUGAGGCUAUCUGCAGCGUGGCACGAGAGACACACCCGCGUCGGCGUGGCGUCCAUGAGGAGUCUUUCAGUGACUUUAGGGGCGACGAAAAGGCAGCUAGACAGGAGCCGUCCAGCGGCGUGUUUCUCGAGGCAACAGGGCGAGAGGAGAGCGACGGUGCACGAGGGAGGCGAGAGCAGGCGAGGAAAAGUUGGGGCGACAUGGAGGCAGCGCAAGAGAGGAAAAGGUUGGAGAAGAAGGCCGACUUCGUUUCCCUGUCUUCCUCUCCUCCGGAUAGUUCGACCCGGCGCCCUGUAUGUGUUGACGUGCCACAAGAAGGGGAAAUCGCAGUGGAGAAAAGAGGCGACGAAGUGAUACAAGAAGACACAAUGCAGAGAGACGCUUCGCCGCUUCCACCCUGUCCAUUUCCUUCGCUAGAAGACCAAAUUUGCGGUGGCGCGUCUACAUUUGGGGUGGGAGAAGCCAGGAACGACGGCAGCGGUUCGCUGGUUCUCCACUGUGUGCGUGACACGGCAAAGUGGGGGCGGAACAAAGAGGGCCGGGAUGCUUCCGGGCCUUUGUCUGUUCUCUCGUCUUCGGCAAAAACUGUGCGGUCCGUCUUCAGUGUUGCUGCUGGCUGGGGCUCUAAAUGGCUGCUUCUCGAUCGGCUUCUGGCAUCUACCGUCGCUCCAGAAGGCUCACAGGCGCGACCUGGCCACAGCGAGCGGAGACGCUACGAAGGAGCGGACGGCGAGCGAUUGCUGCGAGGGCCGUACGGAGGCGGCGAAGGCGAGGCAGACUCGAAGAGGGCGAUCUCAACGGUGGCGCGACCGUGGAGAGACGCAGAGAGACAAACGGAGAAUCAGGGGGCUGAGCAGGGAGACGAUAGAGACAGAGCCGACAAGAAGAGCGCGGGCGGGGACAAAAGAGAGGGGGGAGCAGCCGAGCAACAAAACAAGAGUGGCAGGGGGACAUUUUCAGAAGGAAAGGUUAAGGCAACUGAAGACCAGGGCUUUAGACGUCGAGGUGAGUGUACCUACCGCGAAAAAACCGCCGGUGGAGAACGGCAGGAAGACGGAAACGAGAGCGAUAUGAGCGCAAGCUCUCGAGCGGCGAGGACAUCAAACCGCCUUCUGGCCUCCGCGUCGCAACUUUCUGGCCUGUCGCUGCCGGCCGGCGCAGAGAGACACUCAGAGACUCCUGCGAGCGAGAGAGAAGGGCCGAGAGUGAACGAAGCGUUGAACAGGCAGCGGGAAAACGAGCAAGACGAACGAAAGGGCAUCCGUGUUUCCUGGGUGUCUGCCACCGUGAGAAACGACGAAGAUUUGGCGACAGCACGCAAAGAUGCGAUUGCGGCAGCGUUAAAGAGGCCCUGCUUUGCUGCCUCGCAAAAUCUUCGAAAGUCCUCCUUUCUCUGGGCUGUACAGGUCACCGCUGAAGAGAGGACGCUGACCAAACGAAAGGCAGCGGCGGUGGAGGCGCGCGCGAGGCUGGAGGCCUUGACGGCCGAGACGCGAGACGUGCUGGAUGUGAAAGACCAUCAGCCAGGAGACGAGGCUCCGAUUUACGUGUAG